UCUUGAUCAAUGGGCUCCAGUAACAAGGAAUAAAAACCCUCCCAGUGCCAGGAGAAAGCAAACAGUCAUGAUGGCUUUCUUUUGGCAACGAGCAGUGGUUUUGAGCCUGGCCGUGGCCAUGUUGGUCAAUGCAGACAUGAAGCUGGACUGUAGGCCUGACGCUGUGACGGUGGUGUUGACUAAGGGCAAAUCCCAGGCUGAUACCUCGCUCUUCCGUCUGGGAAGCUGCUUCCCCACCAGCUUCUCGGCCACCGAGGCAGUUUUCAGAGUGGAUUUCAAUGACUGUAGCUUCAGAAGACUUGUAACUGGUGAUUACUUGAUGUACACCAAUGACCUGACCUACGGUUCUUCUUCUGACUCUCAAUCUCUGGCCUUCACUCAUCCUGUUGUCUGUGCAUUUGAAAGACCUAAACACUGGUACCCUAUGAUUUAUGACCCUGUGUUCAGUACACAUGGUGUGGGACAUCUCGUGUUCCACAUUGGACUCAUGAAUGAUGACUUCUCAGGCCCUGCUGAGUCUACUACCUUUGCUCUGGGAUCCUUCAUCCCGAUCAUGGCCAGCGUGUCACAGAAAACCCAUCAGCCAUUGCUUCUGCUUCUUGAGGAAUGCGUCGCAGCGACCACACGGGAGCUGCAGCCUGACAGCCCUGUGUACCCCAUAAUCGCCAAUAAGGGAUGCCUCGUGGACAGCAGGAUGUCUGGCUCAAAAUUUGAACCAAGACAGAAAUCAUCAGAGCUCCACCUAUCCCUUCAGGCCUUUAGGUUUGGUCUUGGUGAAGAGGUGUUCAUCCACUGUAAGCUUGUGGCUUGGGACACAAACGGUCUUGACAGCACCAAGAAGGCCUGCCACUAUGUCAAAGAGCAUGGCUGGGAGCUGCUGGACAACUAUGCCUACAGCACUCUCUGUGACUGCUGUGACUCGGACUGCAAGUCCAGGACGACCAGGAGUAUACAAUCAGGGACACAUGGUGUGGCACAUAACGCAGUUCUUGGCCCACUUACCAUUACUGAUGGAACUUCUGACUCAUUCUCAGGAAAUGGAUCCUGUUGAGUUGACUGUUUAUUGGGUUUUGAAUAAUGCCUCAUUGUAUUGAAUCUAUUAAAGAACUCUUGUUUAAAAUAUCACGCUCACAAGUGACUUGUUUAUCAGCCCUUCCAUUAGGUCAGCUAGAU